AUGACUAUAAGCUCGCCGUCUUUGUUCCUAGAUGCCAUUCAGCAAUCCUCUGACUGGGCCGCUUUUGCCUCAGGACCAGAGGCCGUACAAGGGAGGCAUACCCAAAUCAUAGUACCCAUCGCUCCAAAUGGCGAGACGAAGAAUAAAGAGGAAGUAUCAAAGCGCAAGCAACCCAAGAGUCGCAAUGCCUUUUCAAGGAUGUGUAACGUGCAAGGCGAAGAGGAUGAAGUGCGACGAAACGAAGCCGGUCUGAAGCUCGAGGAUCUACGCAAAGUUGAAAACGGCACGCACUUGACUGAGGAACGUUUGGAAGCUGCACCUCCACCUACGAACCUAUUGCUCUCUGGCAAGCUCGACAGUGUUGUGGAAGACGUCGCCGGCGCGGCCCUACAGGACACAAUCAUACCCUCCUCGCAGCCCAGAGCUUCGAGUCGAUCGAGAUCUUCUCCUGACAUCUUGUUACCCAUGUCUCCUUCCUUCAUUCUGAACCAUCAUAUGAUACCACUUCCUGGGCCGCCCAAAUUAGCCUACCCGGAUCACAAGGCUGAAUGCAUAUUUGACGACGUUGAUAUUGGAAUUUUCGACCGUCGGCAGUUGGAUGAGAAUACCCUGCCGAAUCCUUUUCCCGAUCAGUCACUGAAUCUUGACGAUCUUGAUCUUCCCUUGUCAGCAACUGCAAUGGAGGCAACUUUCCACGACCAUCAAUCGCCGCAUCUGGCAGACUUAGUCUUACCCACACAAGUCACGGCUGCAAACACACACGAAAAUCUUGGCAGGCAUAUUUACAAUUCAGAGGCGGUAAUUGAGUCAGGAGAGGCAGUUCACGAAGAAAAUGUGGAGGAGAGUUCGUGGCAGAUGACGGAUUUCGAUCCAAUUGUUGAGACUUCUACUCAGCCUCUUGAAUCUCCCCCACCAUCUUCUGGUCCCGCAGCUGGCAAGGAUCUCCUGCCUUGGUACCAGCAGCUACGGCCUCCGAUUGUUACUCAAGAGAUGAUAAGGCAUCUCUUCGAUCUCAAGACUUGUGACAUCCUCUCUAUAAAGGAUGAUCGGACCGAAAAUCCGUGGAAGACGCUUGUCUGGCCGCUGGCCCACAACUGCCCUGCACUUUAUCAUGCACUCGCAGCAAUGACCUGCUUACACUUGUGCAGGACUCAGACAGAACUUCGCGUUCAGGGUAUACGGCAUUUCCAACGCAGCAUGGAAGUACUCGCCGACAAUGAGGACAAUGGCAACAUACCUCUCGCUUCGGCCCUCGCCACCAGGCUAGCCCUGGGUUUUGCUGAAUCCUGGGACCAUCAAAAAUCAUCGACCGGCAUUGAUCAUAUCAACAUCGCCAAGAAACUAGUUCGACAGGCCGUCUCCAAGCAUCAGACCUCCAAGCUGGUUGCUGGCGAGCUGAGCCGUCUGAGUUUCCUGGCGAACACUUGGAUGUACAUGGACGUUAUUGCACGCUUUACUUGCACCGACGAUGAGAGCUCGACUGACUUCGAAUUCAUGACUGCCUGCAUCCUUCUGAGUCCAGUUCCUCGUGAGCAACAGAUCGACCCUCUCAUGGGUUGUGCGAUCACGCUAUUUCCUAUGAUCGGCCGCCUGGCGGAUCUUGUCGGCCGUGUUCGAAGACGGACCGAAAAGCGCAAUUCUCUCGCAAUCAUCUCCAAGGCGAUAGAUCUGAGGAUAGCCAUAGAACAUUGGAUUCCACCAAUAGACUUGGAGAAGUUUGAAGACCCCAAAUCCAACAUCUCAGACUCGAUACAAACAGCUGAAGCUUACCGGUGGGCUGCACUGCUGAUGCUCCGCCAAGCGGUGCCCGAGCUUCCCUGGUCACAGUCAAUGUGGGAACUUGCUCAGAAGGCUCUCGUCUUCCUCGCCACCAUCCCGCUCACAUCGCGCAAAACGAUCGUGCAGAUCUUCCCGCUGAUGGCGGCAGGGUGCGAGGCUUUCGAGGAAGAAGAUAGACACUGGGUUCGCGAGCGCUGGGAUCUUAUGUCUAAGCGCAUGAUCACCGGAAUAGUCGACCGAUGCAAGGAGGUUACUUCGGAGGUGUGGCGGAGGAGGGAUGAGUACGCAGCGAGCCAUGAAUCAUGUCAUAUCUCGAGGGCUAUCAAUUCACAGAAUGGCCUCGAUCCAACGGUCAAAAACUCAAGUUCUGGGUGCAGAUGCUCCCCGGGGGGUCGAACUCCUUCGCACUCGUCUGACUUUCCAGAGUCUGUAGCAUUUAAGAAGGGUAUAGAUCCUCUGACGAGAGCUGGAAAUAUAAAGUACACAGUCAAGGGCGACUUGCAUUGGCUCGGAGUUAUGAAGGAUUGGGGAUGGGAAGUCAUGCUCGGGUAA